AUGUUAAUAUCGAGUAAUCGAAAAUAUAUUUGUAUUUGUCCAAAAGGUUUUAGUGAAAAUCGUUGUGAAAAACGUGAUACUGAAAUUGAUUUAAUAUUUGAUAAAGAUAUUCAAUUAUCUCAUUCAAUUUUUAUUCAUUUUAUAACAAUUAUUCCAUAUGAUGAACUGCAACAGGUUAUUCCACCAAUUUCACCACAAAGAUUAACAACUCUGCAAACCAUAUCUCAAGCAACAAAUACAAUUCGAAUUUUUUGGUCACAACCAUUUCAUUUAACUUUUAUUGAAACAUUCGAGAAAAUUUAUUAUUUAUCUGUUAUUCAACCAAUUUAUAAAUUUUCAAUAAAAAUAAUUCAAAGAAUCAAUUCAUCCCAUCGUUGUCCAUCAAUCAAUGAAUUAAUGAAUAAAACAUUUGCUCAAUUACAUGUACUUCAUCGUAUAAAAUCUUAUCAUUUCAUAUGUCAAAAAUAUUCUCCUAAUCUUUUAUGUUUUCAUGAUGAUAUUCAUCUCUGUUUAUGUGAUGAUUUUCAUAGAAAACGUUUAGCAAAUUGUUU